AUGUCCAACUCCAAGGCCGUCUCCUCAUCGUCGCGCGAUUCCGGCCGCACCUCGCCAGCAGAAGCUCAGCCAGUGCCUCGCGCAAACUCCAUUGCCCGCCUGGGCUCGCCCGUACCCUCGUUCGCAACGGGCUCUGUCCCCGUGCGACAAAUACCCACGCCAGCCCAGCUCGAAGACUCGCCCGCAGCCCAGACACCGCUCCCCGGCCGUCCCGACCAGCAGUCGUCUCUUCCUGGACCCUCCGAGUCUGCUCUCUCCUCUGCCCUCAAAGAGUCCUUCGGCAACAGCCCACCGCGUUUUGGCACUCCGCCCCUACAACCGCUCUCCCCAGCCCAGCAAGCCCCUUCGGCUCGUGGGCCGCCGAGCAAUUACGGAUCUUUCGAUGGCCGAGGCCGUUCGCCUGUGCCGUACGAGGACCCUGAGAUUGUCCGCCGUCACCUCGUCGGCCAGUAUGCAUCGCCCAGCCGAUCGAACCGCGGCCGUAUCGGCGACGAGGAUGCACAGUCUCAGAGCGCAAAGGGCGCAGAAGAGGACGAGGAAGAGUUCUCGAGCCUGCAGCUCCAAGGCGGUGACAUUACGAGACAGAUAUACCGAUGGAGUGAGCAGCAGCAGGCUGAGGAGCAGGGCCGCAUGCAGCGCAGCAAGAGUUUUCACGGUCCACGGAAACGUCCCGAGGACGAAGUGCUGGACAUCGACUCCAUCAGGCAGCCGGGAGGCUUCAGGCGGAAUUACCUACGCAGAGCGGCUGGUAGUCCCUCGCCUGCACCUGGGCCGUCCGGCUAUGGCACCGUUGGCCAGCCUCGUCCUCCGCCCCAGGUCUUCACAAGCAACUUUCUCGAGUUCCUGACCCUGUACGGUCACUUUGCUGGUGAAUCACUGGAGGAGGAUGACGAAGUCCUGGGACCCGAUGAGUACUUUUCCUCGGAUGCCCUAGACUCCGGAGUUCACUCGGAAGACGAGGAUCGCGAGUAUGGCGAGUCGAGUGCUUUGCUCACGCCAGGCAAGCGUAGGAAGCGCAAGCCAAAGAAGACUGGUACGGGUAGCCCCACGGGCGCUGCCAUGUUGCUUCUCAAGUCCUUUGUUGGCACUGGCGUCCUCUUUCUCCCUCGCGCCUUUCUUAACGGCGGUAUGCUCUUCUCGAACCUUGUCCUCCUGGGCGUCGCGGGCCUAUCCUACACUUGCUUCGUCUUGCUGGUCUCCACUCGACUCGUCGUUGAGCAUUCGUUUGGCGACAUGGGUUUCCAUCUCUAUGGAGACUGGAUGCGCAACCUCAUCAAUUUCUCACUCGUCAUCUCCCAGAUUGGUUUUUCGUCGGCCUAUAUCGUCUUCGUUUCGGAGAAUUUGCAGGCCUUUGUGCUGGCAGUGUCCAACUGCAGAACCUUCAUUGACAUCAAGUAUCUGAUCAUGAUGCAGAUGGUCAUCUUCUUGCCUCUCUCGCUCUAUCGCAACAUCAACAACAUCCAGAAACUCGCACUAGUGGCAGAUCUCUUCAUCCUGAUGGGACUAGUCUAUCUGUACUAUUAUGAUUUGUUCACCAUUGUCAACCAAGGCGGUGUUUCCGACAUUGUCAACUUCAAUGCCAAGGACUGGACCCUGUUCAUUGGUACCGCAAUCUUCACCUUUGAGGGCAUUGGUCUCGUCAUCCCGAUCCAAACGGGCAUGAAGGACCCGAAGAAGUUUCCCAAGGUUCUUGGAGGGGUCAUGAUCAUCAUCACCGUCAUCUUCCUGAGCGCUGGAGCGUUGUCGUACGCAGCAUUCGGUUCCAAGACCAAGACCGUCGUGCUCCUCAACAUGCCGCAGGACAACAAGUUUGUGAAUGGUGUUCAGUUCAUCUACUCGCUUGCCAUUUUACUCUCAACACCGUUGCAAAUCUAUCCUGCCAUUGAGAUUACAAGCCAGCAACUCUUCAGUCGCACAGGCAAGUACAACCCGUACGUCAAAUGGAAGAAGAACUUUUUCCGCUUCUUCAUGGUCUUGGUGUGUGCAUGUCUUGCUUGGGCGGGCGCGGGCGACCUGGACAAGUUUGUGAGUCUUGUUGGCAGUUUUGCGUGUAUCCCGCUGGUCUUUAUUUAUCCCCCUUUACUGCACUACCGAGCUUGCGCGCGGACAACGUAUGCGCGCGCACUAGAUGUUGCUUUAUGCAUUGUUGGCGCAGUGGGCAUGAUUUACACCACAUCUCUCACUAUUCAGAGUUGGGUUCACGGUGGUGCCCCCAAGGCUCCCGGCUAUUGCGAUGGUAGAUAG